CCUUUCUCCUCGAACUGUGAGCCGAUUUCGAAACGGUUUCUGAUUUGAAUGCACGUGCCCUCUGGCUCGCCCGGUCAUGGGGAUACACAGAUAGCGGUCAUGAAGUUGCGGUGCCCCCUCGACAUUGGCCUGUGCCACGGGUGUUGGGCUGUGCUGUGUGCAGGGUGGCAGUGUCUGGCGAGUGGCGUAAGUAGUUGACCAUGGGAGGGGGAACUCGGGCACUCAGAGCCCUAUCUGUGGUUGUGACUGCAGUCGUAGCAAGGAGUUUUCUCACGCCUAGCCACGGCCAACAUUUUGUUUCAAGAGCAGCGGCAGGUACUCAACGUGACGCCGCUGUCUCGCGCACAGGAUGCCGACGAUCACCAUUGUCAACAAGGACAGCUCCCGUCGGUGGCAUUCGUAUGUCCGAUUCGGCGGGUAUGGACACGAUCAUCAACGACCUGAAGGAGACGCCAGAUGUCGAGGUUUUGACACUCAAAGUUUCCAAGUGCGUCCAGCAGGUGGCACAGCCGGCUUUCUUCCUCCGACUAGCGGAGCUUGCGGAGACAGCGGAGGACGAACAGCAGCGUGUCAAACUCGAGAACCUCGCCACACAGGUUACCAGCGUGCUCGAGAGACUGGUGGAGUUCGCGGAGGAAAAAAUGGACGAUUCUUCGUCCCUUCUACAGAUCGUAGUGACCAGCGCCGCCGAGAAGAACGGAGAAUUUCUGGUGCCCCUCUCCGAGGAACGCCUGAUCGCGCUGCGCCAAAGUAUCAAGAUUCAUCGAGACCAGCUCGACAACAACUUCCUCGCUACCGUCCAAGCGUGGAUGGAGAAGAGCAGCAAGGAGGAGGAGAUGCAAGGCAUGGUCGUCAUCCUUCAGAAGAUCCUCCAGAUGUAUGCGUCUCAAGAAAUUCUCCUGGGCAGCGCCGAACCCAGCGCUACCGGCGAGACCGCCGAGGCCGACGCCGCCGCGCCCAAGAAGCGCACCCCCGCCCAGCUUCUCUUGGAGGAGAUCUUGAGCAUGGACGCCGACAAGUGGGACGGUGUGCUGGCCGGCCUUUCCGUGGGGCGAGGCAUGACCGGGGGCGUUACGAAGGACGGGCUCUUGGGGGCCAUCCAGGUGGCGGUAGAGAGGGUGAUCUUGCAGCAGGAGAACGGCAGCAUGGCCCAGAGAGUGCAGGCCGAGUUCUUGUCGGAGCUCUGCAAGCGAAUAGAGGCCGCCUGCCCCGAGCAGCCGCUGGGGUCCGGGAUGCUUGAGUAGUCAGGCGCGGCGGCCGCCCUGCCACACCUGUCGGCUGCUGCUUGCCAGCGGACCCCUUGUGUCCACGGCACUCUUCUGGCCCAGGAAAACCCGUUAUUGCGUGGUUUGUUGAAAGCUGUAGAUAACUUUUUGCUUUCAGUUGCCGGCUGUCCUGUCCUUUUUUUUCUCCGGAGCACCCCCGCCUCCCCUUCCACCGUCGUUUUUGCGCUAAUGCCGCACGCCACUGCUGCGCAGGGCGUGACCUGGUGUGGGUGCGAGAUUCUGUUGUCGUGUUCGUCUACAGUAGCCGGAGAGGCGACCGCUGGCUUCCGGUUGCGCAACAAGUAGUUUCCCGAUAACUUAGCAAGCUUAGCCGAGGAAGCCGUCUCGAUUCUGUCUCGUACGGGCGAAUGAUUUGGACACGAUAUGCCGCGUUGCCAUGUGGUGUCUUGAGAUCAUGUAGUCUGAUUCUCUGCAAUAGUUUGGCUUUGGGUCCGAGGGGGAUGGAUGUUUUUUUUUGUUUUUGUGGUGGUUAUCGCUGAAUCCCAGUCGUUUGUGUUGCCUGAAGCCAGUUGUGCUUUCCAUUCCUGUCCGUUUCACUAGUCUCUCGUGGCACUAGCUGUCGUAGGGAUCAAAAGCGAUCAGAGGUUUCUAUGUUACUAACAGGGACUGCUUUUGUCUCCGAGGGGUGUUGUAGCUCCGUUCCGUAGGUAGGCUGGGCGCAUUGUCCUCAUUAGCUGUUUCGCGAACGCGAGUGUAUGGUUCCUCUUGAUGGAGACCCGGCACGAGAAAAAGCUUGUGCCGGUACAGUCGACCCCGCUCUAAGGACGCUCGCGUUAAGGAAACUCCCCGCUUAAUGGAAGCUUGUUUUGCUGAGCAUCAGGGGGCCCGGAAGAAUAUAUGAUAAUGGG